AUAUGACUCCCUCAUCCCUCUCAGUCUCACUCCUGUAACGAUUUCCAGAACAAAAUGUCGAAAUCAAUUUUAUCAGACUUAGUAGAUCAGCAUCGGCCUGACCUACAGCCUUUGGAGGAGCUGUACAAACACCUCCAUCGCAACCCCGAACUUUCCAACCAGGAAGUCGAAACAGCUGCUACCAUCGCCCAACGACUUAAGGAAAUUGGGCCCGAUGAUCUAGUUAUCAAACGUCACAUUGGGGGCCAUGGCUUAGCUGCCGUUCUCCGCAACGGCGAAGGCCCCACUGUCCUGCUUCGAGCCGACAUCGAUGCUUUACCUGUUGAAGAGACAACUGGCCUGGGGUAUGCCAGCACAAAACGCAUGAUUCAUGCUGCGAGCGGAGUUGAGAAACCUGUUAUGCACGCCUGUGGCCAUGAUAUGCACAUCGUGACUUUGCUAGGCGCUGCAGCGAGUCUUUUCUCAUCGAGGGAUUCUUGGGCCGGAACUUUGGUCCUUGCAUUUCAACCAGCUGAAGAGCGAGGGACUGGUGCACAGGCCAUGGUUGACGACGGUCUUUACACCAAGCAUGAGGUUCCUGUCCCAGAUUUCGUCUUGGGAGCGCAUGUCAGACCUCUUCGCGCUGGCACAAUUGGGACACGAAGAGGUCUUGUCGCUACAAGUGCGGAUAACUACAAAGUCACGAUCCACGGCAAAGGCUCACACGCCAGUAUGCCUCAUACAGCGAUUGAUCCAAUCGCAAUUUCAGCGAACGCUAUCCUCAAGCUGCAGACACUCGUCAGCCGAGAAGUUGACCCAGCAGAGUCAAGCGUUGUAACCGUCACGAGUAUUCACGCUGGCGACGCUGAGAACGUCAUUGCAGACUCGGCCGUUCUUGGUGUCGACACACGAUCUACUACCAUCGCAACACGCGAGCGUAUUCUGAAGCGCAUAAAAACUGUCAUCGAAGCAGAAUGCUCAUGCGCGAAUGUUCUCAAAAGUCCAGAGUUUGAGCAGACUCGAGCAUUUCCUCUCACCAUCAAUGAUGAGGCUAUCACAAAGAGAGUCGAAGAGUCAUUCGCAGCGCACUUUGGCGAAGGACCUGGAAAGUAUGAUAGAGACAUGCCGAAACUUGCUUUUAGUGAAGACUUUUCUAUCUUGGCUACUGCUGUUGAUAAGCCGUAUUGCUUUUUCACGUAUGGUUGUGUUGAUGGAGAGGUCUGGGAUAAGGCUGAGAAGGAGGGAACGGUUGCGCAGAGCAUUGCUGCGAAUCAUUCUUCCAAAUUUGCUCCGGUUAUACAGCCGACACUCAAGACUGGGUUAGAUGGGUAUGCAUUGGGUGCUCUCACAUUUUUAGCAAAGGGACAAUAGUUCGCAGGAUAGUUGAGAUGAAUGACUAUAAUAUCUAUG